UUUCUCAGAAAAACAACACUCUGUUCGAAAUUCAUACAACGUAACAUCGUGUCGUUUAGACUUUUAGCAGCUACAGAUCCAAAACUGUUAAAAGUGUGAGUCUCGUGAUCCGUUGACUCACAAGACCAGAAGAACGAAGCUAUGUCAGAGACCGCCGUGUCAAUCGAUUGGGAUCGAUCUAAGUCGGAGGAAGAAGACGAUGAUGAAGAAGAAGAAGAAGAGUAUUCGUCGCCGAUGCAAUCUUUUCCGGGGCCACCGCCACCGCCGUCGGCAAAUUUCGAGAAAGAUCGACACUUGGUGUAUUUGGAGAUGAUGUACGAGUUGCUUCCGUACCAUUACCAAUCUCAGGAGAUCAAUCGUCUCACCCUCGCUCACUUCAUUAUCUCCGGUCUUCACUUUCUCAACGCAAAAGAUCGUGUUGACAAAGAUGUUGUUGCAAAGUGGGUUUUGUCAUUCCAGGCCCUGCCUAGUAACAGAGUUUCACUGAAAGAUGGAGAGUUUUAUGGGUUCUUUGGUUCAAGGAGUUCUCAGUUUCCCGUAGAUGAGAAUGGGGAUUUUUUAACUCAUAACAGUAGUCACUUGGCAAGCACUUACUGUGCAUUGGCCAUUCUGAAGGUUACUGGACAUGACCUCUCGACCAUUGACUCUGAGUUGUUAUUGUUGUCCAUGAAAAACCUCCAACAGGAUGAUGGAAGCUUCAUGCCUAUCCAUAUUGGAGGUGAAACUGAUCUUCGAUUUGUAUAUUGUGCUGCUGCAAUUUGUUACAUGCUAGAUAGUUGGAGUGGAAUGGACAAAGAGAAGGCUAAGAACUACAUAUUAAACUGUCAGUCAUAUGAUGGUGGCUUUGGGCUGAUCCCUGGUUCUGAGUCUCAUGGUGGUGCUACUUACUGUGCUAUUGCGUCCCUUCGGUUGAUGGGAUUUAUUGGAGUUGAUUUAUUAUCAAAUGAUUCAUCCAGUUCAGUCAUAAACCCUUCAUUGCUUCUAAACUGGUGCCUACAGCGACAAGCCAAUGAUGGUGGGUUUCAAGGUAGGACUAACAAGCCGAGUGACACAUGCUAUGCAUUUUGGAUUGGAGCUGUCCUUAAACUCGUAGGAGGCGAUGCAUUGAUCGACAAAAUUGCUCUACGCAAAUUUUUACUGAAUUGUCAGUCCAAGUAUGGUGGAUUCAGUAAAUUCCCAGGACAGUUACCGGACCUGUAUCAUUCAUACUACGGUUACACGGCUUUUAGCCUCUUGGAGGAACCGAGCUUAAGUCCUCUAUGUCCUGAGCUAGGGUUACCUCUUCUUGCAGCGACGGGAAUUUGAUGUUUAGAUUUCCUCAAACUCAAAGCCACAUUCUUCUAUCACCACACUUGUAACGUUUUUAUUCAAACAUUCCACGAGGCAGAGUCGCUCUGUUUCAGCAGUUAAAUUCUUUUUGGUAUAUUCAAUUAUUCAUUAGGCUCUCAGUA